CGCCGCCGCCGCCGCCGCGCGAGGAGCCAGGAUGGUCCUGGUCCACGUCGGCUAUUUCGUGCUUCCAGUGUUUGGCUCUGUGCGAAACAGAGGUGCCCCCUUUCAAAGGUCUCAGCAUCCUCACGCUACCUCCUGCCGCCACUUCCAUCUGGGCCCCCCCCAGCCGCAGCAGCUCGCUCCCGACUUCCCCCUGGCCCACCCGGUGCAGUCGCAGCCGGGCCUCAGCGCCCACAUGGCCCCGGCCCACCAGCACAGCGGCGCCCUGCACCAGUCGCUGACCCCGCUGCCCACCCUGCAGUUCCAGGACGUCACAGGUCCCUCCUUCCUACCUCAGGCCCUGCACCAGCAAUACCUCCUGCAGCAGCAGCUCCUGGAAGCCCAGCACCGCAGGCUCCUCUCGCACCCCAGGCGGAGUCAGGAGCGAGUGUCUGUCCACCCUCACCGCCUCCACCCCAGCUUCGACUUCGGCCACCAACUACAGACACCUCAGCCCAGGUAUUUGGCUGAGGGCACUGACUGGGAUCUCAGUGUGGACACCGGCUUGAGUCCCGCUCAGUUCCAGGUGCGGCCCAUGCCUCAGCACUAUCAGCAUUACCUAGCGACUCCUCGAAUGCACCACUUUCCCCGAAACUCCUCCUCCACGCAGAUGGUCGUCCAUGAAAUCCGAAACUACCCUUACCCUCAGCUUCACUUCCUUGCUCUCCAGGGACUGAACGCCAGCAGACACACCUCCGCUGUGCGGGAGAGCUAUGAGGAGCUGCUGCAGCUCGAGGACAGGUUGGGAAAUGUGACUCGGGGAGCUGUACAGAACACCAUUGAGAGGUUCACCUUCCCCCACAAGUACAAGAAGCGAAGACCCCAGGACAGCAAGGGCAAGAAGGAAGAGGGGGAGGAGUCGGACACAGAUGAGAAAUGCACCAUCUGUCUGUCUCUGCUGGAAGAUGGAGAAGAUGUGAGGCGCCUACCCUGUAUGCAUCUCUUUCACCAACUGUGUGUGGACCAGUGGCUCGCCAUGAGCAAGAAAUGCCCCAUCUGCCGAGUGGACAUUGAGACACAACUGGGAGCUGACAGCUGAGGGAGGAAUUAGCCAGUGGACGCCCCAUUUUCCUUCACCAGGUCCCCCCACGGCCAUAGCCCUUGCAGCCAAACUUUGCCUUCUGAGCCAUUUGAUGUAGAGGAUAAGCCUGCAAGCACAUUUUGUGGAAAGAGGAGUUGGUGGUAUCCGUGUCUGAGGAAAGGAGGGGGUGGGGGAAGCCCACCUGUCCAGAGUGGUGACUGCCCCG